AAAGAGAGCGCAGUAGUUGUUUAAGUAGCUUUUCUAUUAUGUUUGCGAUACGCUUAUCGGACGGCCACCCUAAAACAAAUACAAAAGCUGCCGCUGCUGCCGGCAAUGGCAGGUGGGUGUUCUGUGAAUCAUCGAGUCAUGACAAAUAAAGUCGCAUUUGUAAAGUGGUCUGCUCUUUUGCUGGGUAUCCAGCUCCUGCUGCUGCUGCUGAUGGCUGGUGCAUCUGAUGGCAAACGCACCUUCGAUCGCUGCAGUCUGGCAAAAGCAAUGGACAAGUUAGAUGUGCCGCGGAAUCAGUUGGCGCGUUGGGUGUGCAUUGCGGAGCAUGGGAGCCACUAUCGCACAUAUGUGAUAGGACCACCCAAUGAUGAUGGUUCCACAGAUCAUGGCAUAUUCCAAAUCAACGAUCGCAUCUGGUGCCAGCCAAGCAACGGCCAAUUCUCAUACAACGGCUGCAAUGUGAACUGCGACGCAUUACGUACGGACCACAUUGAUAUCGCGAUGAGGUGCGCACAAUUGAUACAACAGGACAAGGGCUGGGGUGCCUGGUCGGUCUUCAAACCCAAAUGCAGCGGACAGCUGCCCAGCAUUAAAGAUUGCUUUGGGGGUAAAUCCAACCAUCUGGUUGGUGCCAGCAUGCACGGGAAAUUUUAGACACCGCAAACUAAUGACUAUAUCAGCAUAAGAGAUGCAAAAUAAAUAUAUUUCACAACUGAA